ACACGAGUACUCAACUCGAAAACGUGGUGUUUGUUUAGUUUUCGUCCUGUUGUGGUGCGGACGGUGGUGCAUCAAAAAAGAAAUCAUAUUUUGGAGAAUUAAAAAUGGAAAAGUGUUCUCAUCCGAAUGUGAAAUAUGAUUGGUACCAAACUGAAACACAUGUUGUGAUCAACAUUUUAGUAAAGCAAAUCAAAGCUGAAAACGUGAGAAUUGACAUUGUCGACUCUAAGCUAAACUGUACUGCAACACUAGCAGAUGGAACAGGUUUUUUCUUAAACUUGAAUUUAGCUCAUGAUGUGCAACCUAAUCAAAUUACAUGGAAAGUUCUGUCUAUGAAAAUUGAAAUUAAACUAAAAAAGGUAGAAGCACUGAUGUGGAAAACCCUGGAAGAUGAUAAGAAACAUGAAUCUGAAAAUGCCACUAAACUGUAUCCAUCUUCUAAACCACAGAAAAAAGACUGGGAUAAGAUUGCCUUUGAAAUCAAGAAAGAAGAAGCGGAUGAAAAGUUGGAAGGCGAAGCUGCUUUGAGUCAGUUGUUUCAAAAAAUAUAUGCUGAUGGAUCAGAUGAAACCAAAAAAGCAAUGAAUAAAUCAUUUAUGGAGUCUGGUGGGACUGUGCUCAGUACAAGCUGGAAUGAAGUGGGUGCAAAAACGGUGGAUGUGAAGCCUCCUGAUGGAGUUGAAUGGAAGAACUGGGAUUCUUGAGUGUGCCAUGUGAUUUGUGUUUGUCAUUCAUUUUUUUUUUUUUUUUUUUUUUCAUUUUAAUUUCAUUCAUGUUUGAAAUAAAAUUUUGCUGUGUGU